UGUGUGUGUGUGUGAAUCCGCGAGUGUUUGAGCGAGAUAGAGAAUCCUACAGCCUGUUUAUUACGCUGUGGAGGGGGUGGGAGUUAGGAGAGAGGCAGCAGCCAGCAAGACAUUGUGUGUUUUAGAGAGAGAAGGGGAGAGGGAUGGAGAUGGCUUACUUGUAAUAUGCUGUUGGUAGCAGCAGCACAAAACGAGGCAGAGAGAGGGGGAAGAGGGAGACAUGCACCAGAAACAGGAUGGUGAAGAAGGCAAACCGCCCAGCAUCUUGGGAAAGGCCCACCCGGCUCUCAAGGCCUUCAUGUGUGGCAGCCUGAGUGGCACCUGCUCCACGCUGCUCUUCCAGCCCCUGGACCUGGUGAAGACGCGCCUGCAGACCAUGCAGAACAACAUGAAGCCUGGAGCUCCCAAGGUGGGGAUGAUGACCGUGUUCAUCCAGGUGGUUCGGACGGAGAACGUCCUGGCGCUGUGGAAGGGAGUGUCUCCGUCGUUUGUCCGCUGCAUCCCGGGGGUGGGCAUCUACUUCAGCACCUUCUACUCCCUGAAGCAGCACUUCUUCCCGGAAGGCCGGGGCCCCAACGCCGGGGAGGCAGUGCUGCUGGGGGCCGGCGCUAGGUCCGUGGCAGGGGUCUGCAUGCUGCCCGUCACCGUCAUCAAGACCCGCUUCGAGAGUGGCCGCUACAACUACGUGAGUGUGAUAGGAGCCCUGAAGAGUGUGUGUGAGACGGAGGGGCCCCGGGCUCUGUUCUCCGGACUGCCCGCCACGCUGCUCCGAGACGCCCCGUUCUCCGGCAUCUACGUCAUGUUCUACAGUCAGACCAAGAGGUCCCUCCCUCAGGAGGUGAGCUCGUCCCCCUACGCCCCGCUGGUGAACUUCGGCUGCGGGGUCGUGGCCGGGGUCCUUGCCUCCCUGGCCACCCAGCCGGCCGACGUGGUCAAGACUCACGUCCAGGUCAGCCCCGCCCACUGGACCACGAAGGACGCCGUGGGCUUCAUCUACAGGGAGCACGGCCUCAGGGGGUUCUUCCGCGGCGCCGUGCCUCGUUCUCUGAGGAGGACUCUGAUGGCGGCCAUGGCCUGGACCGUCUACGAACAGCUGAUGGCCCACAUGGGACUCAAGUCAUGAAGAAGAGGAGUGGGAUCGAUCGAGGAUGAUCCCCGGUUUUACCCAAGGCACCUGUUUGCAGAGAACCAGGGUGUGUAGAGACUUAACACUGCAAAAAUGUUAGGAAACAGAGGUCUGUGUAUGGGGAGUGGAUGGUGUGUGCCUGCUACUGCCUGUAUUUUUCCGAUGUUUAGGCGUUCGCCAGAGGAACACUGUGUCUGUCCUUAUUCUUACUCCAACCCCGACCUUUGAGGACAUUCCCUUACAGCUGUGAAAUGACCUGCUUCCUCUCUGACUGCGAAGACAAUGAAAAUGUGUCUAAUUGCAAAUAUGACUCUUUCAGACCAUGGUGGUUUUUGCUCCGGGUAACGCACGUACUUAAAAAUGUAUUGCUGUCAAUGACAAGGAUGCACUGACAAAAAUCCAGGCACACACUCCAGAGACUAAAAGCAGCUCUUAUUUGGUUCCAUCAGGAAGGUUGGUUCCACCAGCUAAAAGCCCAGUGGACUGCUUUCAGAACCAUGAUUAAGAACACCACACUAAUAACAGUCUUCUGUCUGCCAAUACAAGGCUAAUUACCCUUAUGACAAUACAGUGUGGCAAAAGAUUAGAAUGGCUUGUAUUUUGCAACACCACUGUUGUCCUUAGCAGUUAGCGAUAAACUAUGCUAUUGGAAAUAUUGGCAUCUUAAACUAGCUUACAGGAGGUGUUUCUGUAUCUAAUUCAGCUGGGGUAAAACCGCCCAGAACUGAACCUUGACGUGCUUUACCUGAAUGCUAGUUAGUCCCAGAGCCGUAGAUAACGACUUGGCUCAGGGGCAUUUUGGAUUGGACCCCGGACAACUCAAGAUUGUGCUAAUCUGGGCAGUGGCGUUGUGACAGUCAACGUUGCUACCAUAAACAAGCACCUUCAGCGUCUCUGCAUUGCAUGGGUUGUAUUUAGCACCAAAAAUAUUUUUAAAAAAUGACAGAUUAGCUAUAACUGUCAAACAAGGUUGCAAAACAUUUUGCUGUGGUGUGCAAUAAUAUGUACUGCCCAGCUAAAUACAGAAUCCAUAUCGGUGUCGCACUGACAAGGUCCAGGAUAGUCUAAUAAGUUGUGUAAAUAUAUAGGUCUAUGUAUUCAGUAUUGAGAAUAGUUUUUUGUUUUUUUUAACAUUGAAGACCUCAGUGUAUAUUUUUUCAACCAAUGGAAUUUCAAUGUGCCAUGGAGAUAGUAUUUAUGAACAUAUAGUCAAUGUUAAGAUGUUAUUCUACAGUAACUGAUUCUGUUUUCUGUUGAGAGCCCAGUGGAAGCUUGUAACACUAGAGGGCAGAGAGAAACUGAUUUAAAUCCUUCGUUAUCGUUUUUCAUAUACCAGUGGCACGGGGUUACUCACCCAAUACAAUCCCACACGUUAGAGAAAGACCAGCUUUGAUAUAGGCUGUGGAGAGAUUACCACGUGAUUUGGGUGGGGAGUAACACUUGAUCCAGCUCAGUGUCAGUCAGUGAAUAAAUGCACUUUGGAACUCAAUGCACAUUAAUUUAUUCAAGCAUCUGAAGGGCUGGAGUGACUGACGCUUCUGGCAAAGUGGGAGUUCUUCAGCCCUGGUCUGAGUUUUCUGUAAUGCUAACAAAUCUUACCACCGCACUGAAUUUUGUUUUGUGCUGUAACAUUUCCGCCUUGGCAGUUGUCAUCAGCAUCACUUGCCAUUGAUAUUGUGACUAUAAAGUAAAUAUGAUUAUUGUCAAUAUUUGGUAUGUAUGUGUCUGUUUGCUCAGACAGAUGCUGUGCCUGUUUGUUUUUAAUUUAAUAAAGUCACCCCCCAUUUUUGUAUAAUC